AUGACGGGUAAGAACGUUAAUGGUACUGCUCAGAGUAAUGGGAUUGAUUCCGAAGCUGCCCAAGAUAUCCCAAGAGAUGUUAGACUUCUGCAUCUUUUAUUGGCAUCACAAUCUAUUCAUCAGUACGAGGAUCAAGUUCCAUUACAGCUAAUGGAUUUCGCUCAUCGUUAUACCAGAGGUGUUUUAAAGGAUGCUGUUGUUUACAAUGAUUAUGCAGAAUCUUCAAAUGCUCAAGGUUCAUCAAACCAAGGCCUUUCCGUGGAAGAUAUACGGCUUGCCAUUGCAGCAAGAACUCAAUAUCAAUUUAAACCUACUGCUCCCAAGGAACUUCUAUUACAAUUGGCUGCUGAACGUAACAAGAAAGCUUUACCCCAAGUAAUGGGUAUGUGGGGGGUUAGACUGCCGCCAGAAAAAUACUGCCUGACAGCUAAAGAAUGGGAUAUAAGUGAAGAUCGCACAGAAGGUUAA